GCUGGCCCUCAUCCUUCCAGCCCCUUUUUCCCCACAUGCCGGGGAAGAUAGGGGCCAACAUGGAUCUUCCUGUGGACAUCAGCUGAGCCUGGAAGCUUCACUUCUCAGGAGACCAUGGAAAGGGACAGCAGCCAGAAUGCUUCUCCGGCAAGGACGUCUCCAGCCCGGGCGUCCCCGGCCCGGUCAUCCCCUUCCAGGUCAUCAUCUGCCAGGUCAGCCUCCACGGCAUCCUCUCCGACGAGAGUGUACCUCGUUAGAGCGACACCAGUGGGGGCCGUGCCCAUCCGGGCAUCUCCUGUCAGGUCACCGCCAGCCACCAGGGCCACCGGGGAGAGUCCAGGUAGCAGCUUGCCCAAGUUCACCUGGCAGGAGGGCCAGAAGCGGCUGCCACUCAUCGGAUGUGUCCUCCUCCUCAUCGCCCUCGUGGUGUCGCUCAUCAUUCUUCAUGGGGGAAGAGAGCCCCAGAGUCCAAGAGGGAUUGCAGUCUACUUCUGGCGGGGCCACACAGGGAUCAAGUACAAGGAGCCAGUGGAGAGCUGCCCCACCCAUGCUGUGCGCUGUGAUGGGGUCGUGGACUGUAAGCUGAGGAGUGAUGAGCUGGGCUGUGUGAGGUUUGACUGGGACACGUCUCUGCUUAAAGUCUACUCCGGAUCCUCCCAUCAGUGGCUUCCCAUCUGCAGUGACAGCUGGAAUGACUCCUACUCGGAGAAGACGUGCCAGCAGCUGGGUUUCGUGAGUGCUUACCGGACAACUGAGGUGGCUCAUAGGGAUCUUGCCAGCAGCUUCUCAAUCUCCAAAUACAACUCCACCCUCCAGGAAAGCCUCUACAGGUCUGAAUGCCCUUCCCAGCGGUAUGUCUCUCUCCAGUGUUCCCACUGUGGACUGAGGGCCAUGAUGGGGCGGAUCGUGGGAGGGGCGCUGGCCCCAGAGAGCAAGUGGCCUUGGCAAAUCAGCCUGCACUACGGCACCACUCACAUUUGCGGGGGCACGCUGAUCGACGCCCAGUGGGUGCUCACCGCCGCCCACUGCUUCUUCGUGACCCGGGAGAAGAUUCUGGAGGGCUGGAAGGUCUAUGCAGGCACCAGCAACCUGCUCCAGCUGCCUGAGGCAGCCUCCAUCUCCCAGAUCAUCAUCAAUGGCAACUACACGGAUGAGGAAGAUGACUACGACAUCGCCCUCUUGCGGCUCUCCAAGCCCCUGACGCUGUCUGCUCACAUCCACCCUGCCUGCCUCCCUAUGCACGGACAGACCUUCAGCCUCAAUGAGAACUGCUGGAUCACAGGUUUUGGCAAGACCAAGGAGACCGAUGAGAAGACAUCCCCCUUCCUCCGGGAGGUACAGGUCAACCUCAUUGACUUUAAGAAAUGCAAUGACUUCUUGGUGUACGACAGCUACCUUACCCCAAGGAUGAUGUGUGCCGGGGACCUUCGGGGAGGCAGAGACUCCUGCCAGGGAGACAGCGGGGGGCCCCUGGUCUGUGAGCAGAACAGCCGCUGGUACCUGGCAGGGGUCACCAGCUGGGGCACGGGCUGUGGCCAGAGAAACAAGCCUGGCGUGUACACCAGAGUGACCGAAGUCCUCCCCUGGAUUUACAGCAAGAUGGAGAGGGAGGUGCGCUUCCGGAAAUCCUAAGCAGCUGGCCUGUCCCACCUCACGGCACUGGCCAAAGUGACUGGGCCACCUGCAGUGUCACCUGGGCUAAAGGCCACCAGGCACCUUCGUUACUCCCACCUCCACUGUCUGCUGCCUCUGUGAAUGGGCAUACGCGUGUGCAUGUGUGUGCGUGCACGCGUGUGCAUGUGUGUGCAUGCACGCGUAUAUGUUGUUGCUCUCCCAAGGUCUUCAGAAACCAGGAGAGCUGUCAGCUCUUCCCAAACCCCAGGCUGGAAAGCACCUGGAGUUAAUAGUUUGGGCACUGUGGAGGUUCCUGCGGGGGUGUCCAUAUGGAUGGAGGAGGUGAAGCCCAAACAGGGCCCCAGAGAAGGGCCUGGAAUUGCACCUCAGGAAUUCUUGCUCCUCUGACACUGACUCGGAGACCAGCCCAGAUUGAGUGGCCACCAGCAGUGCAAGUGACGGCCAGGUGGUGGAGGGCCUGGGCUGGCCCUAGCGGGAAGAUGCUCCCCUUGGCAUUACGAGCGUCCUGCCCUUUCUCAGACCUUCUGCUGGUGCCCAGAUGUGGAGGGCCGGCUGAGCUGUGGCUGUCCAGGCUCACAGCUGCUCUUGUUCGGUCACAGGCAGUCGGGGCAGAUUUUUAUUUUAUUUUUAUAUUCAAGAAAUGGAAGUAGAUGCAUUUUUAAAGAUUCUUCAAAAAUUCCAGGAGCCUGAAGUGCUAGCAUCCAUCACCCCCAAAAACUCCAAGGGACUUAUGGGAGUUGUGCCAUUCCAGAGUCCUGCUGAAUGUUCCUGACCUCAAGGGACCGGAUGAAGGAGCCCCUCUGGGGUCCUCAGGGUAGGGAGUCCUCAUGCGGGCUGGCCAGCAAACCCAUCACAGAGAGCCACAAGCAUUGCUGCAUCCAAAGGCCACAACCAGGACGUGACGAAAUGACUGCUGCUUCUCCGUGGGCCUCGGAGCCUGAGAGAGUCCAGAUGGACAGGCCCCCCUCGUUCCUAGUGCUGUCCUGGGCCUUGCAGUUUCUUCUCCACUUCUCCACCUUUCAAGUUCUCCGUUGUUUCAGACACCUGGCACGGACAUGAACACUGCCAUGGAGAGAGAGCUGACACUGUGCCGGGCCCUCCGAACAGCCAUGUCGAAGGAUCUGAGUUGUGCUGUUCCUGUAAGCCAUCAGCGUACCUGACCUCCAUGCCAGCUAGAGGCCUGGGCCUUCCCCAGCCUUUCCUCCAGGCCACCAGUUCCUUGCCUACUCCCAUUCUCCUCACUUCCCUUGAGCCUGCCUCAUGGUGCUAUGACUCUCAGAGGCAGGGUGCAUGCGGGUCAGCCCAGCAGCAAGGCUGGGCAGAGUCCGAGGGGGCUAGUUGCAUGUUAUCAGGACUGGGGGUGGGGGAGGGCAACAUGCAUGUCUACAGUAGCCCCGGCAAUGGCCUUCAGCAAUAAAAGUUGUGUGACCUGAAAAA